AUGGCAUCCGCUUGGAGUCAACUAGACCAACUGCUUACGUGUGCUAUUUGUUUAGACAGAUAUCGCAAUCCAAAACUGUUGCCAUGUCAACAUACCUUCUGUAUGGAGCCGUGUUUAGAUGGCCUAAUAGAUUACGCGCGUAGGCAGAUCAAGUGCCCUGAAUGUCGCGCCGAACACCGUAUUCCAUACCAAGGAAUACAACAGUUUCCCACAAAUGUAACUUUAAUGCGGUUUCUGGAGCUCCAUAGAGACAUAACAGGAGAAGAACCUGAACCGCCGCCAUCUAUGAUGGAACGGUGUAGCGUGUGCAGUGAGAAAGCAAAUCUCGAAAAGUGCGCGCAUUGUGACAAAAAGAUUUGUCCAGAUUGCAAAGAAGCUCAUGUAGAUAUUCUUCGGAGAGAGAUAAACAGGAUUAAUAAUCAAGUGAGAAGAGGUUUGCAUCGGUUGUCAGAAGCUCUAACUCAAACUAAGAAAAAUGCCGAAAAGUUGCAAUUUAAUUGCAAUCAAGUGAAAGAAGAAAUUGAAGAUCUUGUUAAGAGAUAUUCCAAAGAUCUUAAAGUCACAGAAGAGAAAUUGAAACAUGACUUGGAAAUUUAUACUGAGAGCGAAAUGAAAACUGUAACAAAACUCAAAGAAGAUCUUGAAAUCGAAGUUACAAACAUAACUAGCAACUGUGAUUUAGUUGAUAAAUAUAUUAAUGAUGAUUACGAGUGGUCAGAUGCUGAACUUCUUGAAUACAAACAAAUUUUUCUAAAAAUGUUGGAUUUUUUGAGGACUUUUGACCCUGACAAUGCAGAUUUUUCCAGGAGAAUAAAGUUUCAGCCGCGUGCUGAUCCAGAUUCGUUGAGAAAGAAUAUUGCUGAUUUUGGAGAAUUGAAAAUUAAUGCACCCAUGAAUCCAGUCCCCUCGCAGCAGUCCUUGAUGCCUUCAAAUUCAAAUGCACUCAUGAGAAGUCAAAGUGAUCACAGGCUUGCAGCUCAGUUUGCUCGUAGAGGUGAUAAUCGAUCCUUUACAGACAUUAACCAAAGAAUAGAUUCUGAUAGAGACAGUGGAAGACCUACUUCACCACUGAUGGGUAGAGGAAGACGAGACACGGAUGGUUAUAGACGAUACAGUGAGAGAUCUAGAGACUAUGAUUACCAAGAUAGAGUGUCUAAUCGUUACAGCAGAGAAGAUACCGCGUUGAGCUCUAGGUGGCGGGAUGGUGACGAUUAUAGUCAUCGAAAUAGGUAUCCCCGUGACUACGAGGAAUACGAUUCUGAGCCCCAUCAAAGUAGAACUGUUAGAUUCGCAGACGAACAGACUCCGAAAGAAAAAAUAUUUGACCUCGAUGGUACAACAAAAGGCCCUCUUAGUGGAGUUGUGAAAUUAGUUGAUUCUGCAAAGAUCAUGGAGAGGCUACAUCAGAAUGAAGUGAAACAAAAACAACAGUUAUCUGAAAAAGAUAAGGCUAGCUCUACUCAACCAGCUACUCCCACGAUUACUCCAGCUCCACAACCUAAUCCACCACCUAAACGGCAAACAUUGCGUCAACAAAGUGAAGAUGAUAUAGAUCGGCAAAAACGGGCUAACCAACAAGCAAGUACUUCUAGUCCUUCCAGUAGUGAUUCUUCACCAAACGUGACUGCGAACCGAGACAGCAAUGCAGAAGUGACAAGAGUAACUAACACAGAAAGCAGCGAAAGUUCCUGUCCCCCUGAAGUCAGGGAAACUACAGAAAAUGCACGUAGCAGAAGGCGUCUAAGUGGCACAACCAGCUUUGACGAACCACCGAACAAUACAUUCUAUUUUUGCAGAUUCGCUCGUUCGCCGUUGGUCAAGGCUGCGUCAGUAGACGCAGGAGACGCGUCACGAAGACCCUUGGAUAAGAAAAUGCCUCCUCGAGCUGCAACACCAGUGCGUCAGGAAGUUGAAUCUGAAGCUUCUGAAGAAGAAGACGAUGAUGAACCUUUCGAAACAGCCAGUGAACCUCCAAAAACAGCGCAGUCAUCCUUCUUUAAUCGACAAAGGCGAUUACCAGACCCAGAGCCUCGACUCCUUGAGAUGCACGAAACAGAAUCUGAGGAAGAGUCGGAGUCGGAGGAAGAAGAUGAAGAAGAAACAGAACCUGCAGUAGCGAGUGGUAUACACACUGAAAGUGAAGAUGAGGAGGAGGAGGAAGAAGACGAUGAGGAAGAGGGUGAGGAUGACGAAGAGGAGGAAGAAUCAAGCAGCGGCAGUGAAAGCGAGGGAAGCGAAACGACAAAUCAGGUGCAUGACCAUGGGUCAAAAACCGUUGACUCGAGUUCAAGAAGGUCAUCUAUUCCUAAUUCUAGUGAGGCGGGAAACGUCAGAACCGAAGUAAGUCGGAACUUUCCCGAUUCUGAUGAAGAAAUGAGAGAAACGUCUAAAACAUCCGAAGAUGAUGAUGAUGAAGAUGAUGAACGAAGCAACUUCAACUCGAAAACAGUUUCAGACAUUUCUUCGCACAACAGACGGAGCUCUCCUUUAUCAUAUGAACCACAUGACCAGGGAAGUCACCGAAGUCGCAAGCGAUCAGACGACACUGAUACGACGGACAGCAGUUCCGCCAGCUCUUCAACCCAUUACCAUAGUCUCAGCAGGAAUACUACUCCACUUGUCUCACCCAACAACACAACAGAGGACAGAAUGUCAUCCGAAGGUAGUGGUAAUGAUUCAGGAACUAACAGAUUUCGACGCCGUCCAUUCCUUUCUAGAAGCAAAAGCUCUCACGAAUUGGGGCUAGGGUACGAAGCAAACGUUGGCGAUGACGAUGAGGACGAUGAUUCUACGCCACCCACCCCGACCUAUCGAUCCCGUUCUGAUUGGAGUUCAGAGGACAAUUCCAGAACUACCAGGUCAGGACUAGAUAACACGACCUCUUCGAACAGCAAUACGUGCUGGGCGAAAUAUUUAAAAAACAAGUAUGGCAGCAAUGCGGCAGGUCGCGUUGUUCCACGCAGCCGAAGUUCCCACUCUUUGUACCAGAGGAGUGACAGCGAAUCUUCUGAUGAUGAUGUUCCUUCUGGUCGUGAUCCUAUUAUUUCCAGUACUUAUGGCUUUUCAAAUCCACGGAAUACGUAUAUGCAAAAGCGGAAAAUGCUGCUUAAAAUAGGAUCCAGAGGCACUGAACCAGGAAAUUUCACUUGGCCACGAGGUGUUGCUGUAGGUCCUGAUAACUCCAUCGUUGUAGCUGACGGUAGCAAUCACAGAGUUCAGGUGUUCGACUCUAUCGGCAAAUUCUUAUUCGAGUUUGGGACUUAUGGCAGUGGCGACGGGGACUUCGAUUGCUUGGCGGGAGUGUGCGUGAACCGGAUCGGCCAAUUCAUCGUCUCGGAUCGCUACAACUACCGCGUCCAGCUAUUCGAUCCGACGGGCCGCUUUCUACGGGCCUUCGGAUGCGAAGGGCGGACAGAUGGUCGCUUCAACUACCCGUGGGGCAUAGCUAUCGACAGCUUGGGAUUCAUCUAUGUCUGUGAUAAAGAAAAUCACCGAAUACAGGUGUUUCAAUCGGACGGUACUUUUGUUGGCAAAUUUGGUGCACUGGGUAGCCGUCCCGGUCAACUCGAACACCCGCACUACGUAGCAGUGACGCACACGAACCGCGUCGUGGUCAGCGACACCCAUAACCACCGAGUGCAGAUCUUCGACGUGAACGGACGGAGUCUCACCACCUUCGGCAGCGAGGGCAGUGGCCCUGGUCAGUUCAAGUUCCCUAGAGGCGUGGCCGUAGACGACCAGGGCUACAUCAUCGUGGGCGAUGGAGGCAACAAUCGGAUUCAAAUCUUCCAGCCCGACGGUACUUUCCUGAAGGCAUUUGGCACCUGGGGCAGCGGCGAUGGGGAGUUCAAAGGGCUGGAGGGGCUGGCCGUCACCAGCAGUGGUUCCAUCAUCGCAUGCGAUAGAGAAAAUCACAGAGUGCAAGUCUUCUGAGAUUACCACUACUUGUCUUCCUUUUAUGUACCACAGGGGAUCCGAAGGCUGAGAUCUUCAUUGUUCCACGUCGAACUUCAAUGUUCUUGCCUUUUCCGCUCAGUGUAUGCUUCAGUCUACCACGUACAACGCAAGACGUACUCUUCUGCUGUUUGUUGCUCAACCAGCACUGUGAUGACGUCAUGAGACAUUGCAAGCGAGCGUCAUGGACACGACAUUAUUGAACUGAAUGGACUCGAGUUGACCAGGACGGCAAAUUUUAGCUCAUGGACAUGUUGUUCAUGUAAAGAUUGUUUCAUCCCCCUGACCCCGAAAGAAUUCCAUUUUAUAUUUACCACUUAUGGUGUACUUAAAUAUUCUAGAGCAUUUGAUACAUAAGUCAUUAUCAAGUAGGGCAUCGGUUAACUUUACUGUAUACUUACUUAUACAGAUCUAUGUUUAACUACCUACAGGUGAAAAUGACUCAUUAUGCUUUCCACACCUUAGCUUUUUCUUUAGGAGCGAUUAGCUGAUUUAGCGUUUAUGGAGGAUACUAAAAGUUUUGUAUCAGUUCGUUUGUUUUGUAUCAGCGAUUGAUAGUUAUUUUGAACUUAUUUUUUGUAUUUUUGAGUUUUAGAAAAUAAAAUAUGGUAAUUGUUGAAACUUUUAAAUUUUUACCAUUUUUUAUUGUUGACACUUUUUUUAAAAAAGAAGGAAAGAAUUAAAUUUAAGUAGAUAAACUGAAUAAAAUAUUACUCCAUGUCUUUGAAUUAUAUUGAUAUAGAAAACAUGACGCUGGAUUAUUUCUAGUAAGAACUGGAAUCUAUGAACAAAUAAAGAAAAUAAAAGUUUACAAAAAGUAAGCUAAUAAUAGAAUUAAUUAAUUAUUAAUAUCGUUUAAAAAUUAACACUAGUGCUUUCAAUAUUUUAUGUUGCUCUUAUAUGGAUUAAAAUACAAGAGACUUGAAUUGUGAUCAAGAUUUUCUUAACCUCUAAAUACUAGCUAUUUUUUCUUUACAAAUAAAUCUUAGUAUCGGAAAUAGUUAUGCUGAGAGGGCAUUCGUAUUUUGAAUUGAAAAUAAUAUAAAAAUUGUUUUUGUUUCCACUAAAUUUUAUCAUUAUGAAACUAAUUCUUUAUUGUGUCACUAAUCUUAUGUGGUGAUAUUUUCAAAGAUGUCAGAUUCAAACUAGAAGAUUUUUUUAAAAAAUCAUUUUCAAAACUAGAGCUAAAUGUAUUUGUACUAGGGUAGAUUUUUUUCUCAAGUACAUAAGCCGAUUUUAGGUAAUCGGGAUUUACUGAAUUGUAAUUGAGUUAUUAUUUCGUGUGAUUAAUUUCUUUGUUGCAUUUUAUUUUCAAAUAAAGACUCAAAAUUUGUAAUUUAAAAAAUCAUUCGACAAUGCUAAUGACGUCAUUCGUGCUCUCUUAAGAUCACUCUUGUUUGAUUUUCAUACAAAUCUCUAACUAGAAGUAUAAAUAUAUUCAUAUUCAAAGAGUUUGAGAUUAUAAAUAAAAAUGUACUUAACUCGGUAUUUGGUUUUAUUGUUAAAAUACAGACGGCGAUUUAUUGUCAUUGAACAAAUAAAUUAUUAGACCAUUUCACAAAAAAAGCUGCAUUUUGUAAUGCACGUGAUAAGAAAUAUAUUUUAUUAAAAAGUAGCAAUUUUUAAAUGUUAUGAAGAAAUUUUUUUGCUUAGGAAAUCAAGCAUAUGUUUGUGAUUUCUUAACCAACAAAUUUUUGUUUAUUACCUUCUGAAAUUAUUAGUUUUAAUAAAGCUGUAACAUGCGGAAUAAAAUGACCUUUUUCCGGUGAAUAGUCGUAUUUCGUUGCUGUGAGUUGUUUUUUCGAAAAUCAGCACGAGAGACAAAACGACUUCAUAUCUUAAAGUAUUCAUAUAUAUUGUUUAAAAAAUUUUAAACUAUGGUUGAAUUACCUUUUGAUAUAAGUUUUAAAUUUUCUUGCUACCAUGCUCUGCCUAAACUAAACUCUUACAGUAAAAAAAUCUUUCUUGUCCAAGGGUACUACAUAAAUCAAUGAAUUUGGAAUGUCAACAGUGGCAUAUUGAAGCUUCUGCUUCCCUUUUGCUGUCAACAAACUCAAUGUAAUGUACUGAUGGUGGUAUUUUAUGUAAAUAUUUCACGUCGUCUGGUACGAGUGAAUUAUUGUACUUCGUAUGUUUUUUAGAAGUGGCUGCUUAAAUAAAAGAA